CAGGUCGUCAUAGCAUCGCGGCUUGGUCGCACGAGUCUGCCGAUGAUCUUCUACUCGCUGCUGUUUCUGCUGGGCGGAUGCCUUUGCAACCCGGACGCGAAACGGCUGUACGAUGACCUGCUCAGCAACUACAACCGUCUGGUCCGACCCGUCAGCAACAACACCGACACGGUGCUCGUCAAGUUGGGGCUCAGACUGUCUCAACUCAUCGAAUUGAACCUCAAGGACCAAAUUUUAACGACAAACGUAUGGCUAGAACAUGAAUGGGUAGAUCACAAAUUCCGAUGGAAUCCCUUACAAUAUGGCGGUGUCCAAGAGUUGUACGUACCGUCGGAACACAUAUGGCUACCGGAUAUUGUUCUCUACAACAACGGUGAUGGCGAAUACGUGGUUACUACCAUGACCAAAGCUGUGCUUCAUUAUUCCGGCAAAGUCUUGUGGACACCACCGGCAAUCUUUAAGUCUUCGUGCGAAAUCGACGUUCGUUACUUUCCGUUCGAUCAACAGACGUGCUUCAUGAAGUUUGGCUCGUGGACUUACGAUGGAAAUCAGAUAGAUUUGCAGCACAUGAGCCAAACGCCGGACAGCGCUAAAGUCAACUUGGGAAUCGAUUUGAGGGCUUAUUAUCCAAGUGUCGAAUGGGACAUUCUGGCCGUUCCGGCCGAGAGACACGAGAAAUACUACUCUUGUUGCAAAGAACCUUACGUGGAUAUAUUUUUCAAUAUAACUCUAAGGCGACGCACCCUGUUCUACACUGUCAAUCUGAUUGUUCCUUGCGUGGGAAUUUCCUAUCUGUCGGUGUUGGUGUUCUAUUUGCCCGCCGACUCCAAAGAGAAGAUAUCGUUGUGCAUCACCAUUCUGUUGUCGCAGACCAUGUUCUUCUUGUUAAUAUCUGAAAUCAUACCAUCCACGUCUGUGUCGUUGCCUCUGCUAGGAAAAUAUCUCCUGUUUACCAUGUUGUUGGUUGCCUUAUGCGUCGUCGUCACCAUUGUCAUUAUAAACAUACAUUACAGACAACCGAGCACGCACAAAAUGACAUCAAGGACGCGAACUAUAUUUAUAAAAAUACUUCCAAAACUACUCCUGAUACAAGUGCCUGUACAAUUACUGGCCGAUUCAGAUCUGAAACAGAAACAAAUGAAGAGCUGCAAGAAGUCAAAUCUUAACUUAACCAAGUUAAACGCAGCCAGUGUGGGAACUCCUAUAAACGUACAACCAACCACACCGGUGUCACCGAUCAUUAGACCGGCGUCGCCGAUCAUUAGACCAGCGUCGCCGAUCAUUAGACCAGAGUCGCCGAUCAUUAGGCGUCAGUGUACGGGAUGUACAGAUUGUCAAGGGUCUGCGAAAAUGGCUGAAGAUGCGGCCAGUCGCCUGGCGGAUACCGCGGAUACCGCGGUACCGUCGAUCGAAGACACCCUUAACCAGACACCGGAUUACGUUAAGAAAAAAUAUCCUCUCGAGUUGAUCAAGGCCAUACACCAUAUGACGUUCAUCCAGAAACACGUGCAGCGCCAAGACGAGUUUAACACGGAAGACAAAGAUUGGGGAUUCGUGGCCAUGGUGUUGGAUCGAUUGUUUUUGUGGCUAUUUAUACUUGCUUCGAUCUUGGGCACGGUGAUGAUUCUAUUUGAGGCGCCGGCACUUUACGACGACACCAAGCCGAUCGACAGAGAAAUAUCGUUCAUCGCUAAAAAGCAAUUCGCCCCGACAGUAAAUUAAUUAAAAAAUAUACAAACGCAUAGUAUUAAUAUGAAAUUCAAUGGCUCGAAGGCAAAACGAUUGAAAGUGACACAAACAACCAUUUAUACCUACAAUGUCGUAAACACCAAAUACGUAUAUCAUUUAAGUGAUUGUUUUUUUUUUUUGUAAGCAUUUGUACGAUUCUAUAAAACAAAUCAUCUACCGAGUGAUCAUAAUAUCAGGUACCAGAAAACCGAUAUUAUACAUACUAUAUUCCAUUAAACAAAUAAUAUGUAAUUGAAUUAAUACAAUUGUUUUUUGCCUUAUCUGAAAAUGUGUAAAUUGUCGCUGGCAACGUUUGCCUGCUGGCCAUUGAUUUCUUAGUAGUUGAAGUAAUAAAAAUAAUCAUUGCUUUUCGUAGUAUAUUAUAGGCAUUAAAAGAAAUACGAGUUAUAUUAUUCCAAUCUAAUUAUUAUAAUAAUGUAGGUAACGUUAGUUUAACUAGGUACACUGUGUUCAGUGUACAUUGCUUCUAAUUAUUUUCACUAGAAUAAUUCACGUUUAUAUUAAUU